GUUGAGGCCCGACUUCGCUGGGGUGGACCCGGGCUUGUCCCGCUGUGUAACUUGAUCACUCACGGCCACCGUGACCUGCGGGUGUACCGUGCUCCGAUGGCUGGGUGGCGCAACGGCUCUCGGACAAGGGAGUGCAAGCGAAAAACUGCCCAGGGUCCAGGUCUUUCCCCGCUCAUGGCGCGGCCCACCUGGACGACAAUCUCGACGUGCGGACUUGCAAAUCCUACCGACCUGUCCCGGAGGCCAAAUCUGAUGAGUUGACGACGACACAGACGAGCCGACAGACGUGUAGGCGAGUACUGUAAGCAAGGUCCCGCUGGCGAUGAUUAUUGUUCCCGUAUCCUGCAUUCACGGCUUGUGAACUGGUGGAUGGCACACAGUGAGCGGGGCCGAGUCAAGGGGAACCGCAGUGCGGCUUACACAGAUCACGACGGCAGGUGCGAGUGCACGUUCCUGCUUCGCUGGCGCAUAACAAUCGUACCACAGCAGAGUCGGGUAACGCCAACUGCGAACACCCAUUCGCGGUUUCUGGUCGUGCCUUCCGGGAGACCGCCAUGCUGCUUGCCUGAUCUAGACAUUAAGUUAGUACGGAAGGAGUGUUACCGCUACUCAGGAGAUACAGACCGGCUCGUUGCUACCCCGCUUCAUGUUCAUCCUUUUGUGAGGGCACCCAAAGCAGUCAAAGGACCCUCAUGUUUGUUGCCCGGGGCGCCUCCUCUCCACCCCAUCGUCAUCGUUCGGAUGCUCUGGAAGUCUGGAUGCAACAAGCAAGCCUGGCUCCAUGUGCCUUCACCGCGCACACCUUGAUUCCUCGCGCGCGCAGCGGUGCAGUGCCGAGUCGGCCCUGCCUGCAUCGCGCAUCAGUGCGCAGCCGGCCGGUCCACGAGGCACCUUGCCAGACCACAGACCCUUGUCCUCGCAUCUGCAGCCUCUUAACAAGGGUCAGGCGAAAAACCAGUCGAGAGGUUGGGCAUCUCUGACCGUUUGUCUGCACGGCGCAUCACGGCGCAUCACGGCGCUUAGAAGGUCGCUAUAUUUGGUAUGCCCGCCUGCUCUACCCUGCUUGCCGAACAGCAGAGUGCCACACCGACCACGGGAACCUACCUAUCAUGAACCCAGCGCGAGGGCACGCUGCAGGCGCUCUGAGCGCCCUGCAGCCCUCGUCCAGUCGCUCCCACAGGAGGUUCGCGCUGGCCCGGGCCUGUUUGGCGACGGCCGGAUACCCACUGGAUGGGCCUUCUCUGCAGCGGCUUGUCAUGUCCUGUGAAGACGUCUUGGAGCGGCCGCCGGCACAGUCAUGGACACCCAUCUAUUCCCGGUUCUCCUCCCAGUCUCUCUGUCAUGGAUCGCUCACUGUGAUUCGCACCGCGCCGGCGCUUCUGCAGCGUUGGUCUCUGUGCCUGUUCCCUGUCACACCGGGGCCUCUCUCCCAUGCCGCCGGAAGGUAUCCUGAGCGACCCAGCUGUGCUGUUUAGGCCACCCAACGCAUAUCAAAGCCUAGCCACCCACCGACCUCUCCAUUACAACUCCUCCCGCGUUUUGGCAUUUACGUUGGCCUUCUUGUACCUGUCCAGUUUCCACGAUUCCCUUUGUCUAUAUUUCGUUGUUUCACGGCACGUCUAUCACUGAACCACCUCUUGGUUGAACAACUUGCAAUAUAGACAUAAACUGCCGGCAACGGACUUCCGCGCUCUGGGCUGUCGACUUAUCCCCACUGGAGCUUACUGUGAAGAGCAGCACAACAUUCGCAGCCUCAGCUCCAUGCGGGUUUGAGUGGGACGAAGUGUGAAGCCCACAUGGAACAGGCAUACUACCACACUGGAGAGCGUCAGCUCUACCAGGAGAUGCGACAGAGGCCCACGAGGGACACCUUCUUCAGUUUCAAAGACGAGAGACAAGCUCCACGCCCGACAUCAGUAGCAACAGAGUUCGUUGAUACCGAUUGGGAUGAGGAGCUUCUGACCGAGGCGGAGGAUAACUCGCCGAGAGUGAGCCUGCAGUCGGUAUGUAUCAUACUGACCCUCAGUGGGAAAGGUUCCUCUCUGCAGACUAGCAAAUCUCACAUGUGUCCCUCUGCAGUCUGGGCAGCCGAGUUUCACCACAGUAUCGACAUACGAUGAAGUGCCGACUCCGAGGUCGAGUCAGGGACCGGAUCCCUACAACGAGGCCGCCUUGAAGACGAUUCAAGGUCCGCGUGGCCCUCAUUUAUUCCGCAGCUCAACAGAUCCGUCGUUCCUGGAAGAGGAAGCAAUCUUGACCUUGUCGCCAUUGACGCCAAAGGUAACACGCGGGGUUGCGGACUUCCUGGAGCGCCCGCCGCCGCCUCGACGGAGUAGCCCUUUCCAGUAUGCAAACGAGGAACUUGAUGCUUCCACACUUGCGUCAUGGAGCCCUGAGAUGGUGGCACAGUCCAUGCUCAACGCUGGCGUUGAGGCCUCCGUUGCUGAUAGGUUCAUCGAGAACGACAUAAACGGAGCGAUUCUUAUCACCCUCAAGUUCGAAGACCUACGGGAGCUGGAUAUACAGUCUUUCGGUAUUCGCACGAGAGUAUGGCACCAGAUUCAGGCUUUGCGAGACAGUCGUCCCACAUCGCCGCGGCCUGCCACCCCCAUCGAGGAUGCACCAAGUCGCGAGGCAAGAAAGGAGACCAAACAGACGAGGAAGACCAGCGACGAUGGACUAAGGAGGCACCAGAGCAGCAGACGAAGACAGCGCCGCAAGCACUCAGCUGACGAUGUCAUAACACCGAUGGAGUCAGUCUCAAUAAUUGGCAUCGAGCAAGUCAUUCCAAAGCCGCAUCACUGCUCCAAAGGCGAGAACUGUUCGAAAUGGAGACGCCAGCAGCGUGCAAUCGCAGAGUUUCGCAAGGCAAACCCGCACGUCGACAUUGGUGCAGGAGGAACUGUCUUGAUCUUCGGAGAUGCUGGCAAUCCGGACACGGCGAAGGCCAUCGACCCCAACGAGGUUCACCGCCCCGUCUCUGACGCAGUACCAUCCGUCGUUGCAUCUUCGGAUGUCCUAGGACCCGGCGGCCUACCUCCACUACAAUACUUACAGGAAGCUACGCUCCGCAACCUGCAGGCCCGAGAUGCCCAAGACAAUGUUCGCCAGUUCCUCAGCUUUCAGCAUCAGCAGGAGAAAGACGCCAUGGAUGAGGUUCCCCCUACGCCUCCGUUUGAGUUGGUGCCGGCUGCGAAGCCAGCACAUCGUGGCCUCCGUCGCUUGCCUAAGCUUUCCAUCCCAGCCGACUCACUCCCGCAAAGACAGCCUCCGCGAGCGGCCACAGUCCCUCCCCCAACCGAGCCGCAGGAGGCACAGCCCAAGCGUCGACAGACACAGGAUUUCUUGCCCUACCGCAUGGCGAAAGCCGAUCCCCUGUCGCCCGAUCUUGAAACUCCCAGGAACCCAUAUCGACUGGCAAGCCCUUUCUCAGAGCUUGAUGCUCCGCUCACAGCGGUGCCAGCAGGACCCAUCGCUCGCGAUGCGUCACAGUCUGUUCCACCGGACAUGGGAUACCGGCCAACCAUGCCAGACACCAUGCCUCUGGCACGAUCACAGUCCCGCGCUUCGGCAAGGCGGCCUUCCUUCCCAAUUCUGCCCUCGGUCAACGAGCUCAGGCCAGCUCCAGGAUCCAAAAACACGUCACCUCAGGCACCGUCGAGGCUUCCGCAACAGCACGCCCGGGCACCUCCACGCUUUGACUACCCGUGGUCUCCUGCUGAACGCACAUCUUUUGAACAUACAAUCCCGCCCUCCUCGAGUCUUCGAUCUAGUGACACUAUCGCACCAGUCGAAGCGAGAAAUGGAGUCACCUUCCAGGGCCCAAUGAAGAAACGCAAGACGCGUUUGCUUCGAAACGAGUGGCAGGAUGGCUAUUUUACUCUCAAAGGCACCCGGCUGAACAUGCACAAGGAUGUGACCGAGGUCGGCCGGACGCUUGAGUAUGUCGAUAUUGACGACUACGCCAUCGCCUGUUCCAGCCUUGCCUCCACAUCCAAGCUUGGUGCCGCAUUCAAGGCGAUGCGCGUUUCCCAUAACCGGGAGAAGAGUGAUCCCAUUGCGUCAUUUUGCUUUCAGCUCGUCCCCCAGGAGAAAGAGCCCGGCGCACGCCUCCGGAAGCGGGACAGCUCCCUCCACCCGCCCAAUCGCUCCCCUUCCGAGGGCGUCAAUGGCACGGGAAAGACUCAUCAUUUUGCCGUCAAGAACCGGGACGAUCGCAUCGACUGGAUGCGGGAACUGAUGCUGGCUAAAGCUCUCAAGCAAAAGGGUGAUGGCUUUGAAAUCAGCGUCAAUGGAAAUAUGAUCUAAAUAAGCGCAAAUACGCCUCUUUCAAGCGCUCAACGAGCGAUAUAUCUGUUACAUAUCUGGCAUCGCCAUGCCAACACCAUUCUGGUUUGUCGAUACAUGCAGUUCGCUCCACAGCGACACAUCUCUCACUACCCACUCCAGACAUGCAGGGUUUCUUUACUGCCAACACCGGUCAUUUUGAUGUUGAUUAUGUAGCUCAUGAGGAAGCCAAACAAAACGAUUAGUAUGGGGCAUGUGGCACGAGCAAAUGUUUCUUUGUUUUGUUCAAGGCACCUACGACUAGGAUACCAUUUUACUUUUAUGCGAAUCUUCGAUGCAGUACUUCAAUGAAUAAGGAACUUCAAAUGCG